AUGGCCGUGGCCGCCGCCGCUCUCGUCUUCACGAGGAAGAACAAGCUUUGCUUUCACGCUUUCACACUGACCAUGGACGAUCCGCUGUGCCACCCGCAGAGGCGACAAAGUCGAGUCAUUACAACCAGCGUCAUCCAGGCGGCAAAGGACGCUGGUGGCCAGGAGCACGCCGGUUGUGUGGUCUAUUGCUUGCUCGUCAAUCAGCGCUGGUUUCGCCAUGAGGCACUCGUCGAGCUCUGGGAUUCCGAUCUCCACAAGCUGCGCGCCGAGGCCUGCGGUGUCAUUGCCAAGGCCAUCAUCGAGACCGAAGAGGACAUGGGCUAUCUGCUGCAUGCUGUCCUGCUCCGUCGAUAUUCAAUUCUUGCCGACGGCGCACCCACGACUCCCGCCAACGUGGUUGAAAAAGCAGUCGACCUACAUGCCGUCCGAGUCAUCGGAUCCUCAGGCUAUCAGAAAUGCAUCAGCCAUCUCUGGCGCGGCUGGCUCGUUCAAGACGAAGACGACCCCUCCGUCUUUGUCGACUAUCAAGACAAGGACAACACCAGUUUCCUCGCCCACAUGGAUCCCGAUCGCAUGAGGGCUCCGAGAUACCAAAACGCCGCGCAGCUGCUCUUCUCCCUCGUCUACCUUGGCCUCUACACGGCCGCGAUCAACUCGGUCAAUCCGACUGGCGUGCUGGAUACGGCCGAGGUGGCCAUGUACAUCUUCACCUUUGGAUUUGUGUGCGAUGAGGUCAUCAAGUUUUACAAGGCCGGCUACCAGAUCCUGGGCUUUUGGAACGCCUUCAACGGUGUCUUGUAUGCCUUCCUGACGGCGUCGCUUGUUCUUCGCAUCAUCGGCUUGACCGCUGCGAGUGGCUCCGACUUUCGUAGUCAUUACAGCACCCUAAGCUACAACAUGCUGUCCUUCAUAGCUCCCAUGUUCUGGACGCGCCUGCUGCUCUACCUUGACAGCUUCAGGUUCUUUGGGGCCAUGCUCGUGGUCCUCAAAGUCAUGAUGAAGGAGUCGGUCAUCUUCUUUGCUCUGCUCAUCAUCAUUGUCAUUGGCUUUCUGCAGGCCUUCAUCGGCCUUGAUCUCACCGACGACAACGUCGCUGGCGACGCCCUCUUCAUCAUCGAAUCCAUGAUGAAGGCCAUUCUGCAGAGCCCCGAGUUUGAUGGCUUUGAGACUUUUGGCCCGCCAUGGGGAAUCAUCCUCUACUACUGCUUCACCUUUGUUGUCAUGAUCAUCCUCCUCAACAUUCUCAUUGCUCUCUAUAACUCCGCCUACGAAGACAUUUACGACAAUGCCGACGACGAGUACCUCGCGCUGUUUUCUCAAAAGACACUGCAAUUUGUGCGCGCCCCCGAUGAAAAUGUGUACAUUGCGCCCCUCAAUCUCAUUGAAAUUGUCAUAUCGGGAUUAUUUGAAUGGUGGAUGAGGAAGAGGACAUAUGAAUUCAUCAACGACUGCAUCAUGGGUCUUCUCUACUCCCCCCUCUUGUUUGUUGCGGCCUACUUCGAAACCCGGACAGCACAUGGAAUCCGACGAAACCGAGCUCGAGGCGAAGACGACGACGACGUCAUUGAGGAAUGGGAGCGACUGGCCCAGGAACUUGACUUUGCGGCGGAGGGGUGGGCGAAAACAUGCGAGGCUGUGAAGCCGAAUCUGGACGAUGAUCCAGCAGUCCUUGAAGUCAGGAAGUUGCGAGCCGAAGUCGAUGAGGUCAAGGCGAUGCUGGCAGAAAUAGGCCGUGCAGUCGGCAUCAAGUCUACCAAGCAGCAAGGGUCCAAGAACGACGAGCCGUCAGACGGGCAGCCACUAAACCGCAAGUCUGGCACAUCAGAUGUCAGCUCAGACACGACAGCAAGGCAGGGCGAUUCAAGAUCUAGCAGAAGCACGGGCGACUAG